CUACCUGCGAUAUGUCGCGACUUUUAAUGCAUUAGUUAAAACUUGUGCUUAGAGUACAAAUAAUUAAAGCUGUGAUCUAGUGCCUCUGACAUGAAAGUAUAUUUUAAUCAAAGUGGAGUUUUUCAAUCAAAAAUAAAAUGCUAGAGAAGUAUAUUCUCGUCCAGAUCCUGCUGUUUAUAUCGACGAAUGGAUACGGGCAGAUUGUUAAAUACAAUCAAGGUAACAUUCCAAGCGGAGCACCUCAGUACCCUUCGACGAAUUUCGCUGGAUCCUCUGGUGAUGAGUCAUUCUACAGUAAUCGCUACAAACAAUCAGAAACAUUUGGUCCAUUACCGGAUGAAAACUAUUGUCCGGAGCAUUGGUUGACUUUUAGAGGUACCUGUAUACGUGUGCAUAAAUCCCCACGUAAAGAUUAUCUUAGUGCCCGAAAAAUUUGUCAAGCCUAUCAAGGUGAUUUACUUAGUGUGGACAAUGUAGAGAAACACACAUUUAUUUUAAAAGCACUCGAUAACGAAAAUAAUAAAAACAACCGAUAUUUUAUAUCUGCAAGACAAGUCUCUCCGGGAAAUUGGAUUAAUGCAGAUAAAACGCAAUUAGUUUCGAUAGAGGAUUCAUUUAAUUACAACGACGAAGAGUCUAGCAGCAGUUACAAUUCAAUUUUCAACAUUAACAAAAUUCCACAAACGAAAGCAACUUCGCUUAAAAACUAUGGAUUUAAUAUAAACACUGAUCGUAAUAAUCUGGCAUACGCUUUCAACACUGCUAGUGAAAAAUGGCAGUUUCUACCAAUGGGAACUUACGCGUUGAAUUUGUUCAUUUGUGAAUCGCAACAGCUCUACAGUAUCGAAAAUGUGAACAUACUGGAAGAAGAUCGUCGAAGUUAUGAUUAUGGUAUCGAGAUUAGAGACAUAAACAAAGUGCCAAGAGGGCCCUAUUUUAUAAAACAACCCCGCGAAACUACUUACGAUACAGGAAAAUUUAAGAUAACAAAAGAUGUCAUGUUAAGUUGUUUGGCCGGAGGAUACCCUACACCGAAAUAUUCGUGGUAUAAGGAGCUUUACUCGAAUGAUAAUGUUACAGUUAUGAAACUAGAUCCACUGCAAAAUUCGCGAUACACAAUAAGUGGAGGAAAUUUAAUUAUUCACAACCCUCAACAGAUUCAAGACCAAGGCACUUAUCACUGUGUAGCAGAAAAUACGUUCGGACGCAUUCUUUCGGAAAGCGUAGAAUUGAAUUUUGGAUAUAUUUUGGAAUUUAAUUUGCAACGUUCUUCAGAAACUGGUGAGAUGAACUGGGGCAAAUCAUUGUAUUGUGACCCUCCGCAACACUAUCCAGAUGUGCGAUACUACUGGUCGCGUGACUUUUUUCCUAAUUUCGUCGAAGAAGAUCAACGUGUGUUUGUCAGUCAUGAUGGGUCACUGUAUUUCUCGUCACUGGAGAUUAAAGAUCGUGCCAACUAUUCAUGCAAUGUUCAAAGUACCGUUAGUGAUACCGGAAGAAAUGGACCAUUUUUCAAUUUACAAGUAGUGUCGCAUCCACAUUAUCAGGAUUUGAUUUUUGCGAAUACGUUUCCCAAGAAAUACCCUGAAGCUCCUGUAGCGGGCAGAGAUAUUCGGUUAGAAUGCAUGGCAUUUGGAUAUCCUGUGCCAUCUUACAAUUGGACAAAAAUAAAUGGCAACCUACCGCGUUACUCAUAUCAAGAAAAUUUUAACAGAGUGCUUGUAAUUAAAAAUGCUACCGUCAAUGACAACGGUGAAUAUCUAUGUACGAUAAAGAAUGAUCGAAAGUCUCUUUCUAAAAGCAUUCUAGUUAAUGUUCAAAUGGAACCAAAUUUUACGAUACCUCUCAAAGACAAAACAAAGGAUUUUCAAAGCUACGUAACAUUCCUGUGUGAAGCUUCUGCUAUUCCUGAUGUCAACUACACGUGGUAUAAGAACGGAGAACUAAUGGAUAUUGAAAAUAUCAAAUUUAAUAAGGAUAAAUAUGUGAUACAAGAUAACGUUCUGAAGAUCAAUUUCCUUGAUCCCGAAGUAGAUGAUGGAAUGUAUCAAUGCAAAGCUGUCAACCAACUGAAAGGUGUUUAUUCUGCUGCCCAACUUCGCGUGUUAUCUAUGAAGCCUUCGUUCAAGAAAAAACCAUUGGAAUCGGAAAUAUAUUCUAUUUACAACGGUAACACCACCAUUGAGUGUAAGCCGGAAGCUGCUCCACGACCUAAAAUUGUGUGGAAAAAAGACGGUAACAUCAUCGGCAGUGGAGGUCAUCGUAGAAUAUUGCCAACAGGAACUUUACACAUUUCACCAACAUCACGGGAUGAUGAAGGUUUAUACACUUGUGUUGCUAGUAAUUCCCAAGGCGUAGCCGAGUCCAAAGCUCGUUUAAUCGUCUUGCAAGAGCUACGAUUUAUUGAACAGCUGCCACCGAAAUUAAUUAAGCAAGUAAAUGAAAUGCUUUAUUUGAGAUGUGAUGUUAGUUACGAUGAAAUCUUGGACGUGGCAUUCCUGUGGUCGCACAAUGGGCGUGUAAUAAACAGCGAUGGAAAAGACGAUGAACAAUCAUACAAUAAUCUCAAUCCAAUUUCACAAAAGUAUAGAAUUAGCUACAACAGUCUAGAGGUUCACAAUCUGACGCAAUUGGAUGCUGGUGAAUAUGAAUGUAUUGCAAAAUCAGCAGUAAAUAAAAUAGUUUCGAAAAGUAAUGUCUUCAUACAGGGCCCUCCUGGAGCUCCUGGGGCGAUAAAAGUAAUUACCGUUAAAAAGACUGACGCAGUGCUAGAAUGGAUAGAUGGCACUGAUAAUGGAAGACGCAUUAUGUUCUAUAAUAUUCUCGGUAGAACAAAUUGGAAUAAGACGUGGGUGAACAUUUCAGAGAAUGUUAUUGCAGAGGAAGUGGAUCGCUACAAUGGUAGAAGACGAGCAACAGUUUAUAACUUGACGCCAGGAUGUGGUUAUGAAUUCAGUGUAGUAGCUGUUAAUGAUCUUGGUGCAAGUAUUCCUAGUUUACCUUCUCCAGUCUACAACACUCAGAAAGACAGGCCUUACAUCGCUCCACGGAAUGUUGGAGGUGGUGGUGGAAAAAUUGGUGAUUUGACCAUUACUUGGGACACACUGCGCCCUGAGGAGCAAAAUAGCAUUGAUAUUCACUACAAAGUAUUUUACCGACUAUUGGGCCAACGUGAAUGGGCGUCAGAAGUAUUAAAGCGCCAAGGAAAUGUCGGAAGAGCAGUUGUUCAUAUUCCAUUCGAUAGGUAUUACACCAAAUAUGAGGUGAAGGUACAGGCCAUUAACGAUCUAGGUGAGGGUCCAAUUAGUGGCGUUGCCGUUAUUUACUCUGCUGAAGAUAUGCCUCAAGUUGCUCCACAACAAACAGUUGCAAGAGGUUUCAACUCUACGGCUCUUAACGUAAGCUGGGUACCAGUGUCACAAUCCAGGGAAUCUAUUAGAGGAAAGCUUAUUGGGCAUAGGCUGAAAUAUUGGAAAAAAGAGCACAAAGAGGAGGAUGCGGUUUAUUACUUGUCUCGUACAACGCGACCUUGGGCAUUAAUUGUAGGUCUUGCGCCAGAUACAUAUUAUUUUGUGAAAGUAAUGGCCUAUAAUGCCGCUGGAGAAGGACCUGAAAGUGAACGUUAUUUAGAAAGAACAUAUCGUCAUGCACCGCAAAAACCUCCAUCAUCUGUCAACAUAUUUGGAAUAAAUCCAUCUACCAUUCGUGUGGUAUGGCGAUAUAUUGCUCCUUCUCAAGACGAAGAACCAGUCCAAGGAUACAAAAUUAGAAUUUGGGAAACAGAUCAAAAUAUGGCUACUGCAAAUGACACGAUUGUUUACAUCGGAAAUAAGCUGGAAAAAUACAUUGACACCUUAACUCCUGGAAAAUCCUACAACCUUCGUGUACUCGCUUUUAGCAACGGAGGAGAUGGUAGAAUGUCAAGUCCCCCUAUCAAAUUUCAAAUGGGAAUAACACAGACUCCCUACAACGGAACGAACGAGCCGGUGUCAGUUUUGUUCACAGUAGCAGUUACGUUAUUUGCCAUUAUAUUUUUUUCCACGCGAUCUAACGCAUAAAUACAAUUAUACAUAAGCAAAGUAUUAGCUAUUAUUGUUGAAAUCAUGUAAACAGGACAACUUUUUUUUUUGUUGUAUGAGAUAAUUUUGGUAUGUGAGCAUUAGGUGCGUUUGAUGAUGGAUGUACAUGACUAGAUGAUAUAGCAGAUCUUUUCCGUCCGACGUAGGGCUCCGCAUUUGACAAUAGUAUAAGGGAGAAGGAAUCUAAUAAAAAUGAAGUAAAUUGAAACUCAAUCAUAGGGUCCGUGUCACCUAGUUUUAAGCUAGUUCUGUAAGAUAGUUUAAGAAGAAUCUUGAAAUGUACUAAUUACUCAUAUAAUAAAUGGAAUC